AUGGACCACUCUUCGGAUGACGGUGUACAAGACUCUGCUCCUCCUAAACGUUCGGAACAACCUAAAGGUGACGACUUUCAGUCUUUUCAACUGUUCCGGGAUUAUUUAGAUGCUAAACUGUCUACACUUAAGAGAGAAUUUAUCAGUGAAUCAGAGCAACUGUCUUUGUCUAUCGCCAAGAAAGUCAAAUAUGACAAAUACCCUGACUUCAAAUAUAAAGGGAACUCUGUGCAAUACAAGUUUAAUUGUGAGAUUUUAGAUGGUCUAGACAACAUUAAGUCAUCGUUAUACAAGAGAGAUACUACUGAUAUGUGUGAACAAAUUGAGUCUCUCUCUGUCUCUGUUAAAAAACGGAACAAGCUUAUCCGUUUAGCGGACAAGUCCCCAGCUGGUUGGGGUGUUGUCACAGAACUGGAAGGGAGUGGCGUCGCUUCCGACUCUGAUGAAGAACGUCGGUUUGAGAGAGCUGAAGCGAAAGCUCUCAGGAAACGUAGCCGUGGCUGCAGCAGCAGCUCAAGUCGUCCAUAUGACCCUUCACUAGCUCACGUCAAUCAACGUACAGGGCAACAGGAGGUGCACAACGAUAAAAACCAGUCUUCAACAUUUCGGAGUCAGAACCAGAGGGGCCCCAGACCAUAUCAACAGUGUUACUACUGCGGAGAACUCGGACACUGGAGGCAGACGUGUCCAGCAGCUAAAGCCUCGUCUUCCCGCGACGUGCAGUACGACGUCACAGGAUCUGGAACUGACAGGAAGUAAUGAGGGUGCGGUGAAGCAGGCCAUGACCACAGCUAGCAAGAUGUCAGAUUCAGGUACUGUACGUCAUGUUCUCAUUCAUUGGUCAACUCAGAUUCCGGCAGAAACAGUCCGGCGGAUAGACUUUCUGGUACUUCAGUAAAAGGACGUUUGAAAGAUAAAGUGGAAUUCUGGGAAGAAAUUGGAGCUCCGGAACUAGUGUUACAGUCUAUCAGAUCGGGAUACGUUAUUCCAUGUGUGUCAACUCCUGAGAGAAUGCGUUCUAAGAAUAACAAGUCGGCUUACAACCAUUCGUGUUUUGUUGACAGUGCUAUUUCGGAAUUGUUGGCUAAUGCAUGUAUACAAGAAGU